UUUAAUCGCUUUAUUCAUUUUUGUGAAUUUUUUUAGGUUCGGGAUUUGGUGGCUCAAUGUACCUGCCCCACUCAGUUCCCCAUGAUUCGCGUUUCGGAGGGAAAAUAUCGCAUCGGCGACACAAAAGUUCUUAUUUUUGUUCGAAUUCUAAGAAAUCACGUUAUGGUGCGAGUCGGGGGCGGAUGGGACACCCUGGCUCAUUAUUUAGAUAAACACGACCCCUGUAGGUGUCGCGCCCAACAUAGGCCCACCACGCAAAGCGCGAAAUUAAUUAAUAAACCCGGAACUAACGAUUUAGUGGGGGCGCAUGUUCAUUACGAGAGAAUCAACACACAAAAUCAAGAAACCCCCAAACAAUAUCUUAGCCUCCCGCAUUCAGACCGCGGCCGAUCAAGGUCCCCAUCUCAACCCUUAACCAGAAGAUCUUUAAGCCCCAACAUACAACGAAAACAACUUUCCGUCCCAAUAAGCCGAUCCAGGAGUCCAACCCCCAAUUUUGUAUCUCACACCAAAUGGACAAUGAAGAAUAAUCACGGCCCAUCGUCGUUACCUUAUAUUCCAAAUAACGAAAAACCUAACUUAAACGAAACCAAGUUAAACGAAACAAAAUUAAAUGAAUCAAAAACGAAUUUUAAUGAAACGAAAUCGCAAAACGGGAGUCCCAUCAAAUUGGCAAAACACGCGAACGCGAAAAACGCGUCAAAUAUCAUUUCGAGUCUCCAAAUUCCGGUUCAUUGUAAAACGGAGGCGAGCUUGCACGUCUCCGACCACAGCACGGACCAUAGUGAUAACACAUCCGAAGUUUCCGACGAGGGGUAUCGAAGUUUGGGGGUGGUGCAAGGCGAUAGGAGGAAUAGGAACUCGAUUUACAGCCAAAACUCGGCCGAGGAUGCAGAAUUAAGCGAGCAUCAAGAUAUCGACGACGUCGAUGACACGAACGAUAUUGGGCUGCGAAAAACUCACUUCUCCGAGAAGAUUUACAAGGAUAACCCGGAUGUGCCGAAAUUCGUCAAGCCGUUAACCACGAAUCACCAUCAAGUGGCGUCGCCGAAGAUGCCGGGGCGCUCUAAUUCAAUCGACGUUAUCGAGAUGACUAAAAUCCCGCCGGUUUCGCCGAGGAAGAUGUCUCAAAAGAAUUCAAGCGGAACUGGGAGCUUGAAUGGGCGCCAAAAGCAAUCUCGGCCUAGUUUGACGAGCGAAACUUUUACCUCGCCGUUUUCGAGGGCUUCCCCGGCGAGGAGGAGCAUCGCGACAUCUUCCCCGGUUAGGAAGAUACAAUCGGCGAAUACCAGCCCGACCAAAUUGAAUCUACGUCAAGAAUUGAUCAACGCAGCGAAGCAUUCGAACGAUGAGACGAGCAUGGUUGAGGAGGUUCAUAAGUUGUUGAAGCAAUACGUUAGUCAGAAUUCGUUGAAUGAGUUCAAUGAUGAUGUUGUUAAGAGGAGUACAAGGAAAGAUUCGAGGCCGAAUUUGCAAACUUCUAGAAUCCCCGCUCCCGUUUCAAGUAAAAUGAUUUAAAUUAAAAAGGUGCAAAUUUUUUUAAUAAGAAGGUGCUUACUUUUUAGGAGAAUAUAUCUAUACUUGUUAAUUUCUUUUUUAAGUUUAGCAACAAAAAAAAAUUAGUUUUUAUGGAACUAACAAGUUACCCAAUCUUAAUUAAUUAAUUUAAUUCUUUAAUUUAAUUUUUUAUUAAAAUAACAGCUCAAUAUAUUAAAUCACGAUAUAUCUAAAGUACAUAUUUUAAAUGGAUAGAGUUUUUAGCGAGUAUUUUUCUAAGACGUGAAAAUCAAAAAGAUAUUUUGAGGGGAAAUUAUAAUACGUUAAAUUAAAUCAAAUUAAUAACAUUCCAUCUCAUUUUAUUUAAAAAAUAAGGAAAUAAAAGACAUUUAUCAUGGAGUUUUUUUGUUGAAUUUAUCGUUAAGCUUCGUUGUUGUAUCAAAAUCUUUUUUAAUUAAAUAAACACCUCUAUUUAUAUCAUUAACAAUAAAAAAAAGAUUUAUUUAUGUUUAAACGCUUUCAGUUAUAAAUUUUCUUUUAAAAUCGUACUCCACGGAGAUUUCGCAACAACACAAAUAGCAAUAAGAACAAUUUGGGGCGAAAUAAGUGCACCUCAAAGCGGGAAGAUUCGGUUUACACCAAGAUUUCUACAACAAAUAAUUAAUUAAUUAAACAUUUUAUAAUAAUAAUAAUAGUAACAUCUUACUUUAUUAAUUUGAAAUUUGCAACAAGAACAGGAUGAAAUUGAAACGCAAAAGUGACAUUUAAAAUUGGAUUCUUUUGGUUUACACAGUUGGCAUUUAAAUGGGUUCGAUUUAACGCAAAAUCGUAAAUAUAACACUAAAAUUAAAAUCGGAUUAAUUGAAUUGAUUAAAAUUGCGAUCUUACCGAAUAAAAUUGCUAAAAUGUAAGCUAAAAUUCCGAUUAAAACCCAAAUUUCGAUCCCGAAUUGUUUAAAAUCGAUCAUAAUUGAUUUAAUCGAAAUCUGUCAUUUGUCACUUUGUUUUGUAUUUAUAGGUUAUGUUAUUUUAUUCGUUUCUUUUGUGUCUUAUUUUAAUUAAAUCGAGUGAAUAUUAAACGAAAUGCUUUAAAAACGCAAAAUAAUCUUUAAAUGGAUUGAUGUUGCUGGUAAGGUUUAAAUGAUUAAAUUAAUCUAAAUAGUAAUACUUUAUUUGUUUUUUAGGGGUUGCAAAGAGACGGUUUCUUUGCGAUUUAUCCUACGAUUAAGGAAAAGAUGUAAUAGAAGAAGAAGCUGCUGUAUACCAUAAAAACAUGGAAUACCAAAAAAAUGCUAUUUGUACUUCUUUUGUAAAGUUGAUCUAUAUUUAAAAUAAAUUAUUAUUAAACCUA